AUGGCUGCCGCUACCCUCGGAGAGGUGCCUACCAAGGCCUUCGAUACCAUCCUGACUUUGGAUUUCGGAUCGCAGUACACUCAUUUGAUCACCCGUCGUCUGAGAGAGCUCAAUAUCCUCUCUGAGAUGCUGCCAUGCACCACCAAGAUUGCCGAUCUUGACUACAAGCCCAAGGGUGUCAUUCUCUCCGGCGGCCCCUACUCUGUCUAUGAGGACGGUGCUCCCCACGUCGACCCUGCCGUGUUUGAGCUUGAUGGCAUGCAGGAGAUCGCCUGGCGCGCCAGCCCCGAGAACGUCAUCGCUGGCGUCCACCGCGAGUACGGCCACUCCAACCUGAAGGCCCUCAAGGGCGACGAUGCCCAUGUCGACCGCCUCUUCGACGGCCUCGAGGACUCGAUGCGCGUGUGGAUGUCCCACGGCGACAAGCUCGGCGCCCUGCCCGAGGGUUUCCACACCGUUGCCGUCUCCGACAACUCCGAGUACGCCGCCAUCGCUCACAAGACCAAGCCCAUCUACGGUCUCCAGUUCCACCCCGAGGUCACCCACUCCCAGAAUGGCACCCAGCUGCUCAAGAACUUCGCCGUCGGCAUCUGCGAGUGCGCCCAGAACUGGACCAUGGCGCGCUUUUUGGAUCAGGAGAUCGCCCGCAUCCGCGACCUCGUCGGCCCCGAGGGCCAGGUCCUCGGUGCCGUCUCCGGCGGCGUCGACUCCACCGUGGCCGCCAAGCUGAUGAAGGAGGCCAUCGGCGACCGCUUCUGGGCCGUCCUCGUGAACAACGGCGUCAUGCGCCUUGACGAGUGCGAGCAGGUGGAGCGCGACCUGAAGCAGCACCUGGGCAUCAACCUGACCGUCAUCGACGCUUCCAAGGACUUCCUCGAGGGUCUCAAGGGUCUCCACGACCCUGAGCAGAAGCGCAAGUUCAUCGGCGGCAAGUUCAUCGACUCCGGCAAGGGCACCAAGAUCGGCUUCUUCCUCCAAGGCACACUCUACCCGGACGUCAUCGAGUCGCUGUCCUUCAAGGGCCCCUCCGCCACCAUCAAGACCCACCACAACGUCGGCGGCCUGCCCGAGCGCAUGACCAACGGCCAGGGUCUACAGCUGAUCGAGCCGCUCCGCUCGCUGUACAAGGACGAAGUCCGCGAGCUGGGCCGCACCCUCGGCAUCCACGAGGAGCUGGUCAUGCGCCACCCCUUCCCCGGCCCGGGUAUUGCUGUGCGCAUCCUCGGCGAGGUCACGGAGGAGAAGGUGCGCAUCGCGCGCCAGGCCGACCACAUUUUCAUUUCCGAGAUCCGCAAGGCCGGCCUGUACGACCAGAUUUCGCAGGCGUACGCCGCCGUGGACCCCAGCCGCGCCGUCGGUGUCAUGGGCGACAAGCGCGUGUAUGGCUAUAUUAUCAUCCUGCGCGCGGUCACCACUACCGAUUUCAUGACGGCCGAGGCCUUCAACUUCCCUUGGGAGUUCCUGCAGCGCGUCAUGAACAGGAUCGUUAACGAGGUUAAUGGCGUUUGCAGAGUCACUUAUGAUAUCACUAGCAAGCCUCCUGGUACUAUUGAGCUUGAGUAA